CAGUCUCUCUCUAUUUGCAGCCUUUACUCAAUUGCAUGCAUUUAGUUGUAAUCAUUGUACUUGUACUAAAAACGCUAGGAAAUCAGCAACGGUAGCAUCAGUUGAGCAGUAUGUCACUUUUUAUAUUUUAUGGUAAAUAAUGAAACGGAAUCUUUCGUGGAAAAGCGAUUGUACUAUAUUCAUCUUGAUCUGUUUUUUGGAUUUAUUGCCAUCAGAUUACUCAAUAAAAAACUAACAUUUUUUAACUCGCAGUUAGGAGUGGGAGUAUUGCGCUAUAUUGGCGCUAGGACCGGGGAGCGCAGUAGGUUGGCGUGCAGACUCGCAUCUUCUUUGUUUCGCUCCAAUAUCAACUCCUUCCCAAAUCUAGCUGCUCGCAGUGUGUCAGUGGCCGCAGUCUGCUGGAUGCUCGAGAGGACGUCGGCAUGGCUGUGAACCUUAGCAAAAACAGGCUGGAGCUGCUAACUGCCUAUCAGGAUGUUACUAACGACACAUCUCCCAUUGACUGGGCUUUAUACACAUAUGAAGGUGACAGCAAUGAUCUCAAGCUCGAAUCUUUGGGCGAUGGGGGGUUACCUGAGAUCAGCGACACCUUUGACAGCACGAGCGUGAUGUAUGGCUUCUGUAGCAUAAGGGAGUCUGUACUGGCCAUCCCCCAGUACAUCCUGAUCAACUGGGUCGGGGACGACGUUCCCGAUGCCAGGAAGUGCGCCUGCGCCAGUCAUGUGGCCACAAUCGCCGACUUCUUCCAGGGAGUUGAUAUCAUCGUUAAUGCCAGCAGCCUGGAGGACAUUGACCCAUCAGCUAUUGAACAGAGGCUAACUAAUGGGGUGGCUCCAGUGACCAGUCCAGUGCUCAGUCACCUGCGAAUGGGGGACGAGGACAGGACUGACACUGCGGGCACGUCCUACCAGAAGACAAAUGCUGAGAUCGAAAUUAAAAAAAUCAGCAGAGAGGCAUUCUGGGAACAGGCCCAGCGCGAAGAGGAGUUACGCAAAGAGGAGGAGCGGAGGAAGGUUGCGGCUGAACGGAGGAGGUUUGAGGAGGAGCGGAUGGAGUUGGAGCGCAGAGAGCAGGAGGAACGGGAGAAGCGGUACCGGGAGAGGGAACGGCAGAUCGAGGAACUCCGGAGGAAGCUGCAGAACCAGGAGAUAGACCAAUCCGCCAUGGACAGGACACGGGUCGUCGUUGAGGCAGCGGCCAUUAUCGCGCAGCGACCGGAGAAUCCUCGGGACUUCUUCAAGCAGAGAGAGAAGGCUUUGGCCUGCAGCUUUGACAGCUCCCCCAUGUCCAUCCACAGGAAAGGCCGCCUGGACAGCCCAUUUUUGAAGAUGCAGUAUAGUCUCCCUGAGCACAGUCUGCCCCCGGUGGCAUCUCUCAGUCACCCCCACAUCAGGCUGCACCCAGCUCUGUCUGAAUCUGAUGAUUACGAGAGUUCAGACUACAGCAUAACAAUGAUCCACUAUCCAUCCAUCCCAAAAAUUGUCACCACACCCAUAGAGGAGGAAGAGAAUGAGGAUGUGGCUCUGGAAGAGUAUGGUGUUUCACUGACCUCAGAAGUGCAAACGUCCGGUAACAUGGCUGAAGUGACCGUGGUAUUGUCAUCAGACCCCGAGGAGCACAUCUUUCCAGAUUCCGGCUCCCCCCAGCAGGAGACUGGCUGCCUUCCCCACUCGUGGGAAGUGCCAGAGGAUCUUCCUACAGAUCAGCCAUCCGUGGCUGCCUCCCCUCUGUCUGCUGAACUCUGCAUCCUCCCAGAGCCUCCUGAGGGGUUCAGCAACGUAGGUGCCGACUCGGUCACCUUCUGUGACGACCUGAGGGACGAGGACGAGCCCUCGAGCCUCGUGGAUAUCGAGGGUCAGCACCAGAUGACUCUGAGCUAUCGGCAGGCCUUGGAGCAGGCCUCCGGCUGUGACAGCCAAGACCUCGACGAUGCUCAGCUGCUCAUGACGAAUGGAGAUUCUCUGCUGAAAGAGGGCACGCAGGCAAGUGAAGGCUACUUCAGUCAGUCUCAGGAGGAGGAGUUUGCCCAAGCGGACGAGUGUUCUGCGAAAGAGAUGCCAGCACCUUUUUUUUAUAAUAAGCCACCAGAGAUCGACAUCACCUGCUGGGACACGGACCCCAUCACGGAGGACGACGAGUACGGCACGGCGGAGUGACAGUGGGAGGUGCCAGUAAAACAGAAAGUGUAACAGUGAGUCUAGAACAAUAAACACACACUGUAAUGUGCCGGGAGAGGGAACCGUAUCCAGGUUAGUUUAAAGAUGCCGAUGCCUCACCGUAUGUCUUUGCUUCUUGUGCUGAGUGGAGAAGCACAUGCAGGCCAGGGGUUUUGACGAUAGUGACCCAUCUGAGCUCAAGUGUAGCUGCUGUAUCUGUAGCUUUGACCAGCUUAACCCCCCUAUUCCCUUUUUAGUUAUGCUAUGGUUCGAAGGGAAAAAAAGUCAAACGUUACAUUUUAUAUCUUCCAGAUAGAUUUCGUGUCAAAUGCUAGCAGGUAUCACAUGGGAAUUUAGUUUUAAUUGAGGGGGGCGGGAGAAAAGGCUGUACUAUUGCAUUAAGACACAGAAACUCUUAUGAAACCAUUUAUUCAGAUAAACAGUAUAGCUCCAUGUUUCAGCCCUCAGAGGGUUAAAGGGCUCCUGUCGCUGGUCUUCUUCUGUACGUGAUGUAUUAUAAUCUAUCCUUCACUGUAUUGGACACUGGUUAUUUGUUUUGUGUAUUUUGCGACAGUAAUUAUUAUUAUUUUUUGUAAUUAUUUUGGAAUAUCACUUAUACAGAGGUAGAUUCGUUUUAUUUUUUUUCCAAAUCUACGGGAUAUUUAUAAGUGAUGUUAAAAUAACGUAUUAAAAUUUAGGCAAUGAAAUUCAUGAAAUCAUAUUACUAAUAAUUAGCAAUUUAACAAAGCAAAAUUUCAAACUUGAAAUGUCCCAAAGGCCAUAACUCUACCCCCCCCCCACCCCCACCCGGCCUCACAUUUACUCAGAUUCCUCAGAUGAACCACCUUUAUCAUUUUCUGCGGAAUUCUGCUUUUUCUUCUUUUCCUUAUGAAGAUUUAUUUUACUUCAGACUCAUUUUCAGUCAACAAACACGAGUGAGAUAAUCAUGACAGACGCUGCUCAAGAGAAAAUGCCAACGGCGAUGUUCAGCCUUAGCGUAAAGUGGAAGGGCCGACUUUCUAACGCAAAUUAUUUACGUCAGCUGGUCGCCUUUAAAUAUAAAGCCUUAUGAGAGUCGAUGGGGGGCCUUGUCUAAGUUAGACUUGAACAAAGGCACUUUUAUAAGAUGGAAGUUUUGCCAUUACACAAGCAAUAAAACAAUCCUUGUAAUUCUGUCUUAUAAUUGAUUUUUUUUCCUUUUUAGUCAAUGCUGUAUCUAAUGCUCUAGUUUGUUUGUGACCUAUGUGACGUGCAUUAUGGGACAGGUUAGGUUUUUAUCCUGCCUCAUCAGAGUUUGGGAACCUGUGUGACUCCUGUAUCGUCAGUAGCUACUCCAUAGGGCAGCAUCUUUAACAUUAACCUGCUAUCUUUUGAUAAUAUCUCCACGCGUUUUCAUUACCUUGAAAUCCCACUGUUCAGUAAGAUUAAUUGUGCAUGUUUUAUUCUUUUUUGUACUUCCUCUCUUACCAUCUGCCUCCCACAGAAAUGGUUUCUAAAUUAAGCACAAGGUUGUGAAAUGUUAAUUGCAGAUGUGUGUUAAUAAAAGAUUUUUGAGA